AUGAAAAGUGAAGCUGAGCAGUUACAAUCGGAAUCAUCAGAUGAAUUGUGGUUUAGUGUGAAUUUUGGAUCGCUCUCACAGUCGAUUCAUCGAUUCUGUUUGCUUCUUUCUUAUCAGAAUGAGUCCGGAAAUCACACUUUUGUUGAAGAGUUUUCGUUCGAUUUUACAGCGAUGCCUCUCUUCCACUCUCAUCACAUGAAUCAUCUUCUUCGGAUGAAAUGGAUUCAACCAGGAAUGUCUGCUUUCCUCCUCGUUCUCUUUUUGGGAAUCUUGUUGUUCUGUUUUCCCUCUUCAUCGUAUGAGCUUCUUUCUUGGAUUCCUUCUUCCCCACGUUCAUUUUCUUUAUUAUCAUUGUUUUAUUAUUUGCGAACCAUCCAAUAUCGUCUUCAACGUGUUUUAGCAUUCUCAAUUCUUCGCUAUCUGUUUAUCUCUUUCGCCCUUUCACUUUGUUUUGGUGUUUAUUUUGUAGGAAGAAUGGACGGAGUUUGGUUUGUGGCAUUUGCCUGGGGUGUUUUUUCUUUUGACUCAACGGAUGGCUUCGAAUAUGCGUUCUGGACAGAACUAUUGAUAUGGGGAGCUGUGGAAUGUCUGGGAAUCGCUAUUCCUAUGCUGCUAUUUUGCAUGCAAAGCGUUUAUAGAACUAGAUACGAUAUGGACAAGAGAAGAAGUAGAGGAACAGAUUGUUGGAGUCGGUGGAUUCUUUGUGGCAUUGCGUGCACCACGUUCUUUAUUCAACUACUUUUGCUGCAAUUUAACUUUCCUCUUCAUGUGUGCUUCCUUUCUGCAAAUCUGGUUCUCUUCCCAUUAGCUUCGAUACUCAUCCCUCUUGUAUUCUUCAAAAAGUGA